UGUGUGCGCGCGUGCGUGCGUGCGUGCAUGCGACACACAGGUCCAGCUUUGGGCAAUAAAACCACUUGAAGGAACGGUGACACAGGGGAACUUCACUGUGCAGGAACACACACAGAGACAGCUCACAAAUAUGCAUCCUCAUUCUGCCUCUGAACACUGACACUGAAGCAGCUGACCUCAUCGCUGCAAUAGCAGUUAAACAUCUGCAGCCACACAAUGUCUCUCAAUGACUCCCUUCCCAUUCGUAGUCUUUCCAAGAAAGACCAGGCGACAACUGUGGACAUUGACGCCAUCAUGGACAACCUCUCCAUCGUCCUCUACACUCUGACUGUCGUGCUCGGCAUCCCAGGGAACUUCAUGGUGAUCUGGGUGGCCGGCUUCAAGCUCAAGCCAAAAGUCACAAACGUGUGGCUGGUGAAUUUGGCGAUUGCUGACCUAAUCUUCAGCUUCACGCGGGUCUUCUCCCUCACUAAGAAGCUCUUCUUCGACCACUGGCCCUUCGGUAUCUUCAUCUGCAAGUUCAACGGCUUCUUCAAAUACGCCAACAUGUUCUGCUCCGUCUUCCUGUUGGCUGUGAUCAGUCUGGACCGAGCGCUCUGCGUCUGGCAGCCCGUCUUCACCAAGCGACGGCGCACCCUGUGGGUGGCGAGGGUGGUGGCCGUCUGCGUCUGGAGCACCUCGAUCCUCUUCAGCGCUCCGUACUUCGUCCACCGCCAAGUCUACCUGGGGAAGAACAACCUGAGUAAGUGCUCUUUGGAAGUGAAGGAGUUGAAGGAGGGGCGCAGCAGCACUAAACUGGCUCUCUACUCGAUCCGCUUCCUGUGCGGCUUCAUGUUGCCUUUCAUGGUCAUCCUCAUCUGUUACAUCCUGGCCGGAAUUGGCAUCCGACGCACCCGCCUGUCCGGGAAGUCCCGCCCCCUGCGCAUAUUGGCAUCAUUAGUUGUAGCCUUCUUUCUGUGCUGGGCGCCGUACCACUGCCUCCUGUUGGUGAAAAUGGUGGACAGUAAGAACGCCGUGGUGAAGAUCUGGCACCCGUUGGCGAAGGGCGUCGCCUACUUCAACAGCUGUGUGAACCCACUGUUGUACUUCUGCGUGGGGCUGGACGUGAGGGGGCGCUUCGGGCAGAGUCUGGCGGGGGUGUACAAGAGAGCUCUGGCAGACGACGUGGAUGGACAGACGUCCCUGUCCAACGAUCGCUCCUUGGAGGACAGCAGCGGGUCGAAACACAGCACGGCCAUGGUGGCAGAAAGGAGUCAGACAGUAAUGGCCGUAGCUAAAGUCUGAGUUUCUUUGAGCAUUUAUAAAAACCAUAAAAGCUAGAGAGUUCAUUUGUUUUAUAGCAGAAAACUAACCUUCUGUCAUUUGUGAUAUUAUGACGCACACUUGUGAUGACGUCAUCACAUUUCGUGACGUCCGGUGCAAAUCCGCGUGACACCCUUCUUAAACCAUCAAAGUGCCUUUAUGAAAAUGCUCAUUAAAAUAAGCAAAUCUCAAGAAUGAGAACAUUUAGAGUUUUUGUAACAUAAAUAUUUAGUUUAGUUUCUACAAUCAGAAAUCGUUUGAUCAAUGUGUUUUGUGUAAUUGUUGAGUUAAAGUUAAUGAAAACACAUGUUCGAUUUUGUUUGUAUUAUUUAUGACACAAUUUCAAUACUUUUAUUAAUUAUAAUGGUUUAGUGACUUGCAUAACUUUUUAGCUCAAGUAUUGAUUUUAGGAACAUGAAGCACUCCGGUGGUAACUCAGUGCACAUUGACAGUGCAUGAAAAUAACUUUAGUCUUGAGGAGAGAAUCAUCUGGAAUGGCUUUUGAAACCGCAUUCUACAUCUGCCAUUCAAAAGAACAUUUUUUUUUUUUCAUUUCACUUCCUUUGCUGAUAUAUUGAGGUCAGAAUCAUAUUUUCCUGUAAAGUUGUGUUUUGAUGCAUGUGAUUAAAUUCACAGAUGGAAAGUGGAAGUGUGGUGAGUGUGGAGGAAUAGGAAAGAAGGCAGAGGGAAGUGAGACUAUUAAAAGGAAAGCCAGUUAUAACUUGACACUGUCUUGUGGUCAGGGGUCACAUUGAAGGGUAGUUGAAUUGAAACUGUACAGCAAAAUAAUCUGUCACAUGGUUUCUCUGUAUAUUUUUUGUUUUCUAUAAUCAGAGGUGCUCCAAAGGGUUUUAUGAGUGUAACAGUACGCUCAGUUCAAAAGGGGACGGAGAACUUAUGACUUUUAUGGGACAAAUACAUCUGGAUAAUAAUAAAAAAAAGGUAUUUCUGGAGUAGCAGUAUCAUGUUGAACGUCCUGAAUCUCACUGUGUUACACUUUGAUUUAAAUGUCAUUGCAAUGAACCCUUCUUUGUUUGUUGUACAUUUCUGUAACGUUUCGGUAGCCCAUAUUACUUUGUAAAUAAUAUAAAAUUAUUGAGGGACUGUUUGUUGUAUGAAAAUAAGUUGUGGGAAACAUGUUUAAACUGUUUAACCCUCAUGUUGUCCUCGGGUCAAAUUGACCCGUUUUCCUACAUCAAUGUUCUUUUUAACUCCCCAAAAUAACAUGACUGAUUCAACGCUCUUUGUCAAGUACAAAUCUCUACUUUCAUUAAUUUUGGACAUCCGGCACAAUUUUAUAGCAUUUGCAGAAAAGAGCUUGAAGUGGUUUUGAAAUAGUAUUGAGUAAAAGUUGACAUAGUCCAGUGUGUGAUUAUCCAUCAACAUACUUUCCUUUAAUUUUAGUCUAAAUAAUUCCUAAUUUCUGCUUUUCUAAUUCAAACAUUAGGUAUAAUUUCCUAUAAAUGAGGAUUACUGACCAUAAAUUCCAAAAGUAACUGUAAAACUAAAGUUAAUAAGUUUGUGUUACGCAGUGUUAAACGUAAACAAAAGUGAGAAACAUUAAAAGUGUUGAAAAAAU